AUGCAGUAGUCUAGUACUACUCCUCCUGCCAUACCCCAUUUCAUUCACACAGACAGUCUCAUUAAUUACCAUCAACCUUAUCGUUUUCCCCCCAACAUCAUGAAGCUGAUCUUCUCAGUCUCUGUCAUUGCAGUCCUCCUCCUCCUACAGGCUUUUGCAGAGGCUUCAUCUACCAAUAGUGCCCCAAGCAGUACUCUUGCUAGUAUGGAUGCUGGCGAUGCGGCAUCUCUUCAUGCUAAACAUCGUCCUCAAAUCAAAAUAAAUUGCAGCUCAGCAUGUUCGAAGAGGUGCAAGAAGGCGUCGCGAAAAAAAAGGUGCACCCGGGCAUGCAAGAGCUGCUGCAUGAGAUGCCACUGUGUACCACCAGGUACCUAUGGCAAUAAGAAUGCAUGCCCAUGCUAUGCACGCCUCAAGACCCAUGGAAACAAGCUCAAGUGCCCUUAGAGCAAAUUAAGCAUUACAAACUUCCCAUGGAAAUAGGCAUUCAAAAAUAUAUUUGAAUGUAGUAUUCUUAUUACUAGAGGAAUAAAUUAAAUUGAUAAUGAAGUAUUCUUAUUACUAGAGGAAUAAAUUAAGUUGAAGAUGAUCAAAGCUAUGCUUUGAGAAAUAAAUGUUGAGUACAUUCUGUAUUUCUUAAAUGAAAGUAUUUCCUUCUGUUUGUUUUUA